AUGAAGGUUGCUGCUGCUUUUCUCGCCCUCUCUCAUGCCACCGAAGACCCAGCUGGUUUCAACUGCUGGCCUGCUAACGAGCAUGCUCCUCAUUGUGGCUGCCAGCUCAUCGAUCGAGAGAAAAGCAUGAUCAACUCAGAGUGCACUGCUCGAUGGUCGAUGAUUGAACAUCCAGAGCAACCAGAAAUGGAGAAUGCCCUCCAGAUGCUCACCGUCGCUUCUUCUUUCCCUCUUUCAGAGCGAACCGAUCUCGCCGCAAACUUCUACACCUGGACUGGUUACAGCGGAAUGAGUCACGAGGAAAAGCACGACAUCGUCUUCUUCUUCCGAGAAGACGCCUGCUGGAUUCCAUGCAAGGAGCAGGAAUAUGAUGCCGAUGGAAAUCUGAUGAACAACACCGCACCCGAAUACAACUGCCCAGAUGGCGUUACUCGACUUCCAAUCGACAUGGAAGCGGCGAUGGAAACAUGGGCUGAGCCAGAGUUCAACUGCAACCCAACUGCUGAUGGCGAACCCGUCCCCGGACCUCGACUCGGCAACUUCAACUACGACAUCGCUCGAUCCCACCAGAGCUACAAUCUUCCGAUCUAUGGACUCAACCGAUGGGACGACGAAUCUUCCCGAAAACGAAGAGGAUCUGACUCCGCUUACGUCGAAAUCAACAGCCAUACUUACCAAGCGGACUUCGACAACUUCCCAGUCCUCAUUCAAAAUGUCACCGCACACCACGGUCACGGAACUGUUAUUCAUGAAGAUUGCACGACUAACGCAUUCCAGUACGAUGUCAUGGAUGCCAACGGUAACCACAAUGGCUGGCUCGAAUAUGCUCAGUUUGAACUCUGCGAACCAGAUCUCUCCGCUGCCGACUACAUGUACACUGUUCCAUCUUCUUGGACUUCUACCGUUACACUCCUUUGA